AUGUGCGUCUAGGUCGCAGUUGUGUCAAGAGAUGGGUCGCCUUGUUCACCUGCCUCACCGUUAGGGCAUCCACCUCGAGGUAGUCCACAAUCUGUCAACAGAAUCCUGCAAGAUGGCCAUCCGUAGAUUCAUAUCUCGCCGAGGAUCUCCCAGUGAAAUAUAUUCAGACAACGGGACCAAUUUUCAAGGUGCUAGCCGAGAAUUACGGGAACAGAUCGAGAAUCUCAACAAGAACUUAGGAGAAAUCUAUACGAACACCAACACUAAAUGGAUAUUUAAUCCGCCAUCAGCGCCCCACUUCGGUGGAAUUUGGGAACGCCUCGUAAAAUCAGUUAAGCAGGCUCUUGGGUGCAUGCUCAACUCGCGCAACCCAGAUGACGAAACAUUAUUGACCGCUUUAGCGGAAGCUGAAUCCGUGAUUAACUCGCGCCCGUUGACGUAUCUGCCGUUGGAUUCCGCUGAACAAGAAGCUCUAACUCCUAAUCAUUUUAUUUUGCUGAGUUCUGAUGGAGUAAUUCAACCGCCGAAGACACUGGGAGAAGCUACAGCGGUCACCAGAGGUAACUGGAACUUGGCACAGCAGAUGACAGACCGGUUCUGGUCGAGGUGGGUACGAGAGUACAUACCAACGAUCGCUAAACGAACCAAGUGGUUCCAAGAUGUGAAUCCACCGAAGAUCGGCGACGUAGUUGUAGUGGUAAAUGAAGGAGUGCGAAAUGGAUGGGUCCGAGGACGAAUCGCCUCCAUCGCUAAAGGACAAGAUGGCCGAAUGCGUCAAGCGCUGAUUCAGACAGCCAGCGGUUUCAUGCGACGGCCAACGGCGAAAGUAGCAGUGUUAGCAGUAAAGUCUGGGAGUAAAGCUGAGCCGGAAGCGCAGCAUUACGUGUCGGGGAAUAUAGCGAACGCAGCCAUCGCCGAGAGUACUACCCCUUGAUUAGCGAUUCGCCCAUCUUCACUAGCAAGCUCUAACGUCACCAUAGACGAUCAAAUGUCAAAUUUAUAUAUAUAUAUAUAUAGAAAAAGAAGGAAAAACUGCCACCAGAUAGGAUUGUUUGAACACGUUUUUAAUUUUCAUCAGUGAUUUAUAUUGAAGUUAUAUCUGAAUUAAUAUUCUAUUGGAUUUGCUCUGUAAUAAGGAGACCGAAAUCUUUAAGAGAGCUGCCAUUGUAUAACCUCAAAAAGGCACUUUUCUCGAAGAAUCCGAAAAAGUAAAUCCAACACAUAUUUUGUCCAAAUAUACACCAAACGUAAGAGGACUGUCGUUAAAUUUACUUGUAAUGAAGAACAUAACCUAUCACAAUACAUGAAACAUGGCAUUUAUUCAUUCUCUUUACUCACAAAGCAAAUAUAUUGAAUUGAAUUCGGAAAUUGUUUCAAUCAAUCAACAAUUUAAUCAAUACAAACAAAUGAUUCCUAAGCUAAGGUAGUCCCACGUAAACUUUGCGGUUAUAUCAUUGAAAUAACCCACCCUUUUUUAUAAACUCAAAGAAAGUGUUCAAACCAAACUUUAUCUGUCAAAAAGUGUUGAAUAUUUGACCUCCGCACAAAUAGUGUACGGCCACCUUUAGGUUUACUCCACUCAGUGUACAAGCGGCUUCAGAAUGUGGUUGGUUUUUCUA